AGAGAGAGAGAGAGAGAGAGAGAGAGAGAGAGAGAUGGUGCGAAUGGAAGCGAGCGAGGCGGAGUGAGUGAGUGCGAGAGUGAGACGGGAGGGAGAGGGGCCCAACGGGCCCACCUCGGCCCGUUUUGGAGUGGGGGCACUUUGUCCACCGCGCCCCGCGCCGCGCCGCACUCCGUGAAUACUGGCAUUCGCCUGGCGGAGCUGUGCCGAGCCGAGCCGGGCAGACCGCGUGCGCGCGUCCAGCCGAACCGAAGUGUGCCGAGCCGAGCCGAGGCUGUGAUGAGCGCGUUGUUGUAGUAUGCCCCUCAAGAUGCUGGCGUGGAAGAAGCGAACCCCUCAGUGCCGCGAGGUGAAGGACGCGGUGCAGGACGCCGCCCAGCACGCUGGCUCCGUCACGUCGGCCACCUCGUCGGACACGUCGGACGGCGGCGCGAGCAGCGCGGGCGGCCUGGUGCGCCUCACGGACAUCCUGCAGACGGGCGCCAAGCCGCCGCGCAACAUGGAGGCCGUCAACAUGACGGUGGACGGGCGCGGCGACUCGCGGCGCAAGCCGCUCUUCAAGGAGUGGACCCUCAAGAAGUCGACGUCCACGACGACGGCUGAUGGCGACGGCGAGGUGCUGGCGGCCCCAGGCCUGCAGCCCGGCCCCAGCCAGGAUGACCUGCGCCAGCUGAGCGAGAUUCGCGCCGUGGAGGAGCAGUACCGGCGCGGCGGCGAUCCGGCCCAGGUGACGCAGUGGCUCGCUGCCAUGGCGCCCAAGCAGGCCGCGGCCGUCAAGGACUCUGCCGAGGCCGACCGCGAGCUGGCGCGGCGGCCGCUCGGCGAGCUGGCCGCCAUGGAGCGGCAGCUGCAGCGCCUGGAGCAGGGCCUGCAGGGCGGCGGGCCGGCGCGGGCCGCGGGCGGGCCGGCCCAGCGGCUGCAGCAGAGCGCCCUGGUGCGGCGCGAGUCGGAGCGGGUGGGCAGCCGGCUGCAGGCGCAGGGCGGGCCCCCGGGCCCCCGCCGCCCCGUCACGCUGUCCCGGACGCACUCUGACUCCGCGCCGCCCGACGGCCCCACGCCGCGCGUGCAGCGCCGCUGGAUCAACAAGAAGCCCCAGAGGGCCGCGUCGUCGUCGUCCUCGCCGCAGGCCUCGCCCGCCGUCGUGCGCCGCGUGCCCGGCCACCAAGCCUUCAACUACCACAUCGAGGGCGGGGACACCCCGGGUGGUGGUGGUCGGACACCUUCAUCCCGGAGCCGCACAGAUGAGCCACACAUCGGCAAAUACCGACUGCUCAAGACCAUCGGCAAGGGUAACUUUGCCAAGGUUAAAUUGGCCAAGCAUAUUCCUACGGGAAAAGAGGUAGCAAUAAAAAUUAUAGACAAGACACAACUAAAUCCAGGCAGUUUACAAAAGCUUUUUAGGGAAGUUAGAAUAAUGAAAAUGUUAGACCAUCCUAAUAUAGUAAAACUAUUUCAAGUUAUUGAAACUGAGAAAACUCUAUACCUGGUGAUGGAAUAUGCUAGUGGAGGUGAAGUGUUUGAUUAUCUAGUUCUCCAUGGGAGAAUGAAGGAAAAAGAAGCAAGAGCUAAAUUUCGGCAGAUUGUUUCGGCAGUUCAGUAUUGUCAUCAGAAAAAGAUCAUUCACAGAGACCUGAAGGCUGAAAAUUUACUUCUUGAUAGCGAAAUGAACAUCAAAAUUGCAGAUUUUGGGUUUAGCAAUGAAUUUACACCCGGUAAUAAAUUGGACACGUUUUGUGGCAGCCCACCAUAUGCUGCACCAGAACUCUUUCAGGGCAAGAAAUAUGAUGGUCCAGAAGUUGAUGUAUGGUCACUUGGAGUAAUCCUUUACACCCUUGUUAGUGGCUCACUCCCAUUUGAUGGCACAACACUAAGAGAAUUGAGAGAACGAGUACUUAGAGGGAAGUACCGAAUUCCCUUCUACAUGUCAACAGAUUGUGAGAACCUCUUGAAAAAGUUCCUGGUCUUGAACCCUGCCAAGAGGGCAUCCUUAGAGGUAAAUGCUACUCAGACAAUUAUGAAAGACAAAUGGAUGAAUUUGGGCUAUGAGGAAGACGAACUCAAACCUUACCUAGAACCAGAACCCGAUUUCAAGGACUUGAAGAGGAUAGGUAUGACCUCAGAAGCACUUGUUGGAAUGGGUUACAGUCGAAGCGAGAUUGAGGAUAGUCUGGCACAAGCAAAAUACGAUGAUGUAUUUGCCACCUACCUAUUACUAGGAAGGAAAAACACAGAUCCGGAGAGCGACGGAUCGCGGUCGGGUAGUUCACUUUCUUUGUGGAACCUGCCCCCGGGCGCCGUCUCGUCGAGCAACGCGCAGUCACCCUCUCAUGGUCACCGAGGCGUCCUUAGAUCCAUCUCGGCCACCAACGCCAAGCCCAGCAGAAGGGCCUCGUCCGGUGGGGAAACCUUGCGUGAGUCGCACGGCCAGCCGGCGGCGACGACAGCCUCAGGAGUUCCAGCAGGAACACCAAAUUCUUCAAAUCACAAUCACAAUUCAACAACCUCUAAUUUUAAGCGGCAAAAUACUGUGGACUCUGCAACCAUCAAAGAAAAUACUGCUAGAAUUAAUUCAGCUUCUGCUGCAACAAGGCCCACACCAGUGAAGAAUUCCUCAAAUAUGCCUGUAGACUCAAGUAGUGCAGCUAGUCCUGGAAAGCCAAGGAUGAGCUAUAAAUCCAGUACCAUGUCUGGAAACAGAAAAUUGGAAUCAGCUGGUUCAGUUAGCAGACGUAGUACCAUCUAUGAUGCAAAUAAACCAUCAUUUGAUGACAAGAGCAACACUUCUUCAGAAGCUCCCAGUGGACAGGGUGCGGGCGAAAGCCUUUCAGUGAACCGUACUGUGAAGGGACAUAUCAAGUCGGCCAGCAUUUCUACCUCCGGCCGAACCGACCAUUCGAACCUUGACCAAACUCUUGAUACCUUAAGGCAAAGCAGUGUGGUUGCCAGAGGACCUCCCGUUUCACCUGCUGUUGGAAACAGAGUUCAACAACCUUUCCCUAGAAAUGUGCCAAGCCGCUCAACGUUCCACAGUGGCCAAAAUAGGCCAAGAAAUCACACAGGGUCAGUGUCGGCGUAUGGGGCCUCACCACUUCAAACACAGGAUACUUCUGCUAUCCCUCAUGGCCGCACUUCGUCAUUCUUUUCUAAACUUUCAUCAAGAUUCUCCAAGCGCCCCAUGGAUCCGCCUCCUAAGCAUUUAGUUAGUGGUGCUGUGAAUGAUGACCAAGCGAAGCCCCGAUCUCUAAGAUUCACUUGGAGUAUGAAAACAACAUCUUCAAGGGACCCAAAUGAAAUAAUGGCAGAAAUUAGAAAGGUGCUGGACGCCAAUAACUGUGACUAUGAGCAAAGAGAGAGAUUUUUGCUAUUAUGUGUACAUGGAGACCCAAACACUGACUCCCUAGUCCAGUGGGAAAUUGAAGUGUGUAAAUUGCCUCGUCUGUCCCUUAAUGGUGUACGGUUCAAGCGUAUCUCUGGGACAUCUAUUGGCUUCAAGAACAUUGCAUCCAAAAUAGCUAAUGAACUGAAACUGUGACUACCUGGUAUGGAGGGGGAGGUAAACGAAGAGAUGGCACAGGUGCAUUCUCCUUGUGUGCCUUCCCCUCUACCUUCUGAAAGCGCCUGACGAAGGUCUACGGCUCAUGAGCAGGUGAGCUUUGUGAAUCGGUUAAGACGUCUUCUUCGAUUACCUGCUCGUGGCCGUGAAAAUCACAUGAGCUAGCCUCUCAAAGAAGGAUAGGUAACUUGAAAACAGUGCAAUAGUUGCCCAUUAACACCAUUGGAAAGACUUGUCAUUCUCGCCAUUUCAUAUCUCAUUAUUUGUGUCAAAUCUAUUGUUCAUGCUAAAUAAUUUAUAAACAGUUUGGAUCAACAUAUCGCUCCCAUGUGACAUCACUUGCAACCAAUUUUUUUUCUAUCUUAGCUCAUUACUGCCUGGAGAGUUUCUUAAUUUUUUUAUUUUAAUUAAAUAAAGGUCUUUGUUAAAAAGAAAGAUGUGGACAAAUUGUAGCCAGGGGCACAUCAUUUCCAGUCUGAGCAUACACUGACUUUUUAUCUAUCUUUUCUGUGACUGUUUUGACUUAAAGUCAAUUUCUUUUUGUGUGCAUGUUUACUUUUGUAUAUGGAGUACUCAAAUUGAAGUUUUAUGUUAUUAUAUGUUCCACUGCUAGGUUGUGGCUAUGUUCUAGUUGAAAUUUUUCUCUAUUGUUACUAGAGCGACAAUCAGGAGGUAAUGUGAACUUCUAAUUUUUUGUUAUCUUCUACGAUAUAUUUUGAUGGAGACCCCUCUUUUGUCUUUGAUUCCUUUAUUGUGUCUGAGCUUUUAUAUCAGUUUAACAGCAGACUCUUGGUAUUAAUGGGCUAAGUGCACUUCUUACAUUGAAAAUGAUUCCACCGUUUACUGGCCUCAUCCUGGGAUAAAAUCAUGGGAGUUAAAAAAAACCUGUCGUAUUCAACAAUUUAAUUUAAUUUAAUUUAAAGACCUGGGGCACAUUGAGCGCUAAGAGAUGAUUUAGAAACUGCUCUGUGCUAAAACUGUUCCUGUUUUCAGAGCCAAUAUAUUUAUCACAAGUUCUCUGGCAUUUGUAAAAAUCAUGCAAAUGAAAUUGUUCUUGUAAUUUUGUACAAAAACUCAAUGUAUUUAUGGGUAUGUAUGUAUGUAUGUGUGUACAUAUAUAUAUGUAUAGAUAUAUAUAUAUCUGUCUUGAGUGUUUAUCAGUGAACAAAUGAUAAAAUAUUGGUGUGGUGGAAGAGGUUUGUACAAUCUUUACAGUCUUCUUAUCUAUUCAAUAGUCUCUUAGGAGUAAUUGUGAAUUGUUUCAAUGGGAACUGACAGUGUCAACCUGACAGCAUUCAGUUUGCUGGUUUAGGCUGUUAAUUAGCUGAACUUUAAGUCUUGUACAAAUGUAUAGACAGUGUAUUGUUAUGUCCUGUGUAAAUCCUAUCAAGCUGUGUAUGUGUUUCAUGCAUUGAAAAUUUUUGGUAGUUUUCAUAUUCCUUUAAUGUCACCAGAUGAUAGAUCAUGAAACUCAUUUAAUUAUGAUUAUGAAUUAAAAAUAUAUAGUCAUUUGAUAUAUUUUCAUUUAGUGUGGUUCGCUGUUGUCAAGAUCAUGAAAACAUGUGCCUCCUGAUUGGAAAAGUUAUGUUGUGUCUCAUAUGCUUGUUUGCUAUGCAAACGAAAUCUUUGCCAGGCAAAACAUUUGUUUUACGUACACUGAUAAAUAACUAAAGUUGCAUGAGUGUCCAUAGAUACUGUAUUUCAUAUUUUGUUCAAGGGGCCAAGGAUCUCCUACAUUUUUCAUUUGGCUUUUGUAAGAAACGUAUCUCUGUGCUAACAAAGUUCCGAAUGAUGGAGUAAUAGAAUUGUAUUCUUUCAAAGAUGAGAACUUUAUCCCUCUAUUUGACAUAGAAUUUCAAAGAAUCCAAAUUGGUUUUAGUUCCCAUUUCAGUGCAAAACUUAUUAAUAUCUUUUCUUUGGAUCUAUAUUUAGGCUAUUUUUUUAUCUUUGAUGAUUUUUAUUGGUUUGAAAUUAAUAUCACAUAAAUUUAAAGUUGUCCGCCCUUGACUUUACACUCUUGCAAUAGUGGUAUUGCCAUAUUACUGAUGUGAACUCAUUUAAAGUUUGAUGUGUGAGACAUUUGUGGGGACAUUUCUGGUUCUGGCCUUUCCUCUUUUACUGUUGGUGAACAUUUGUACUUACCAUGAAAGAAACUGGUAUGUAGUCAGCAAAUCCUUGCAGUUUAUGGUUUCAUUUUAGUUUCUAUUCCUUCAAUGAGACUAUUUUUGCAGUCAGUCUAAAGCACAUCAUUGUAUGGAAGGAUUUUGUUUUUUAUGUAACUUCAAGAACGUAAAUCUUAUUUGUAUUGGAAUGUUGUGUGUUUUAGUGACUUGUGGGAAUACCUACCAAAUCUUCCCGGAAUCAUUUUAUUAACUUAUGCCAAAGAAGUACAAAAUUCUGGAUCAAAGCAAUAAAUGAUUUAUUUUAUUAUUUUUUUGUCUGAGUUUAAUCAUACUAAGAUUGGCUUUUUAUUUGUUGUGAUCUGAUUUUUAUUUUCUUCGUAUACUAUCCUUUUAUCAGAAUUUUGUCUCUGAGUUCGCAAAGGAGUCAUACAUUGGAAUGUGUUAUUUGAGUAUAGUAUGCAUGACUGCCCUCACCCACUGGAACACUCUUCUUUCCUCCCUAUUGUUCUUGGGUACCUAUAUAAUUUCUACCAUAUAUUCCAUUUAAGCAAAACAGUUUUAGUGUGAGAAAUUUUGUGUUCACAUGUGCCAAACAAUGUCUAGAUAGAAGUUCUGUAACAGUACCUACCAUAACAUAACUGCCCAACUGUACCAAUGUAAGGGUUCGUUAAAUUCAGUUUUCCGUACUCAUGUAUACAGUAGUUGAGGGAGGAGAGUUAAGUCCUGCGUUUCUGUAAUAAGUGCAAUUCACUAUCUGUCAAGAUAGAUUGGUAUUUUACCUAUUAAACCAGGAUUGUAUUUAGGAAGAUGACCAAUGUUUUCAAACCAACUUCAAUUGGAAGGCACAGUUAAAUGGCGAUAGAAGCAUCAUCUUUUCGUAUUAUUAUUUUCUUAUAUUGUUUCUUGUACAUAAUUUUUAUAAUUUGUGAUCUUUCUUGAGAUUGAUGACCUUUCUGCUGCCCUGCUUUAUUGUCAUGUCCCUUCACUGCUCGAACCCAAAAUGAUUAUUGAUUAGUUGAAGAUUAGUACAUGUUGUUAUUAAUUUUAUUAUUGUGUUGAACUGUUCUCUCUUGAGAAAAUUUAUUGAUUCUUCUACUCUUUGUCCAUAGAAGAAAUAAACCAUCAAUACCCAUUCAAUUUUUUCUCUUAAAUGUUUGGAUUGUAAUCGUUUUCACUUUCACCGUUUGCCUGGAAUAUCUGCUUUACAGUAAUGCUGUUGCUGUGAAUCAUAACAAAUUCUGUAGUUAUUUAGCAGUUUUUUCUUAUUUUAUAAGUUAUUUGAGGGGGGCAUUAAAAGAAAUUGACUGGAAGCAUGCUAGUUAUACAGUCAGUACAAAGUUUCAAAUUGCCUGCUGUGUACUUACACAUUGCACAGUUUGUAACUGUGAAUUGAGUGAGUCUGCCUGCUUGUUUUGCCAUGUCCUGGUGAAACACAGGGUGGCAUGUCAAUUUAAAGCUGGAUAAUGUGCUCAUUGUUGUAGCACAUUGUUUUUAUUUGUCUUGUACUAAAUUUAUUAUAUUUGCAAACUUAUUUUGUUGUCUCCAUAAUUUUGUUUGUUUUAGCUGUGGAUUACAAAUGUUCUAUCAUCUGUCUGUGAUUGUCAAACUGAUUACUCAUCUCUCCAUCUGUGAUACAAAUGUUUAGGUAGAUUGUGUGGAUGGGAGGAAAAGGCCUCAAAACAGUUCAUUUUAAAAGAGCCGAUGCUAUACCAUUUUCCCUGGUUGUAAGCACAGUAUUACCUUGGUAACUCUUGUUUGAAGUAUCGUCCCCAUGUUAAUUGUAGAGCUAUCGAUAUUUGUUUUAGGCAACUGCCAAAAUUGAGUAAAGAUGAGGAAAAAAUGUCAAAAUGAAACACUCAUGCUGAAACAAUGGAGGAAGGACAAGGGACCAUAAGCAUACUGAAGAGAUGUCUGGUACUGAAGAGAGAUGUGCAAAAAGUGUUUAUACUAAACUUGUCCUAACAAGCAAAUAAAAGAAAGAAAUUAA